AUGACUGUCGUCGCCAGUUAUGGCAUGGUGCUGUGCGGUAACUCAUCGGAUGAUCUUCAUCAGCGUUACAGGGGACGGAUUGAGAAAGUGAAGUUCGGUGUUCCCAUAAAUGAAGCGUUUGCUCAUGAUAUUCCUGCAACACUUUUGGUAUUGCUAUUAAAAGUGAAUAAGGAGGGUCCCCUAAAGAAGGAUAUUUGGCGCGCACCGGGUAAUCAAGCUCAAGUCCGUAAGUUAUCACACAUUAUGCAACAUGGCCGAUUGGUGAACAUAGCUAAUUUUAGUGUAUAUACAGCAGCAUCAGUGAUAAAGGUAAAUCUUUCAUCUAAGGAAUUCUUGCAAUAUACCCCAUCUGGAGAUUGGUGUUCUACUUUAGGUAACGUGAAACAAAUAUUUGAGAAUCUGAUUUUCUGCUCCCUUCCUGUGCCUUCACAACAUCUUCUUGUGCUGCUCUUUGGCACGUUUCGAAUGGUGGCCGACUGUUCCGAAACAUACGGCACUAAGAUGAAUACGGAUGCAAUUGCGAUAUCUGUCGCUCCUUCCCUUUUCCAUUCGUGCAUUCAUGAUGGAAGACAGGUGAAAGUGGAAGAUGUGCAGAGAUUUAAGUUGGCAUCAGAAGUUGUGAAGAAUAUAAUUGCCUCAUUUGGUCACAUCAACCUUUUUCCACGAGAAUGCUAUGAAUUCUACGCUCGAAUUACUGGCAGAACAUUGCGUGUAGAUGAAAAUUGGCUUUUCUCUUUUCAAUAUCCGUCAAGUGUUGCUUCAUCGGCCGCGUUCAGUGCGAUGGCUGCGAGAUGUGCUGGUGCUUAUUCACUAGCUGCACUUCACUUGGAGGUGUCAGCAUUCGAGCCGUCGGAGGUUAUUGUAAGACUGGUGGUUCAUGGAAUGCACAGAACGUUUUCGUUGAAUCGUCACCCUUUAGCCCACACUACCGAUCACCCAAAACGACCCAAUCUCGGUUCGACGAUUGGCGUGGGUGUAAACGAAUUUGUUGACCUGAAACAAUCAGUUAGUUGUGACUUCUAA